CAGCUCCCUCUCCCAGUCUUCCUAAUUCAGCACAGUAGUCACAGCCUGUACAUCAUGCAGCUGGUGGCCAGCCUGGUGUCCGUUCUGCUGCUAGUGUGGAGCGUGAGAGCCACUGCACUGCCCGGAGAAGAGAGACUCGCAAUACAGAACACUAGGGAACAGAACACAGUCCGGAAAGACGCCAUCCUGAAGAUGCUGGUGGGCCUGCUGGACAGCGUGGAUGUGGGGCAUGAGGUGGCCUCCCCAGACCUCGAAGAGGGGGGCAAGCUGGAGGAGGAGCGGGCAGUGCUGGGGCGGCUUGCUCAGCUAUCACAGCGGGACCGCAAGGCCCCCUGCAAAAACUUCUUCUGGAAAACCUUCACCUCCUGCUAGUGC